GACUCAAAUAACUAUUGAUAACCAUGCAAGAGAAAUAUCCAAAUGAGAGAAUCUCUCAUGCCACUUCUCCAGGUCCCAGUAUGAUUCAGAAGAGCAGUUCCCUGGGAACCGAAUGGCAGACCCCAAUUAUCUCCGAAGCCUUUCGAAACCGUUUCAGUCGAUGUCCAAGUGUAGCUGACAGUGGAGAUACAGCUAUUGGCACAUCAUGUUCAGACAUUGCAGAAGAUUUUUGUAGCUCAAAUAGCAGUCCUUCUUUCCAACCCAUCAAAAGUCACGUAACCAUUCCAACAGCCCAUGUGAUGCCUUCUACUUUGGGGACUUCUCCUGCCAAGACAAAUUCUACACCAGCUGGACCUUCUUCCAAUCUGCCUUUGUCAGGGUUAACUGAAAAUGUGGGAAUGACAAGAAAUGGAGACUUUGGUGCACUUAAUCAUUCUCCUGGCCUAUCCAAAGACUUCAUGUAUCUUUGUGGUACUGCUGGAGAAAAUGGAAUUGAACAAUCCUGGUUUCCAGCAGUGGGUCAUGAAAGAGAAGAAGUGAGGAAAUUUGAUAUUCCCAAUAUGGAAUCUACCCUCAAUCAGUCAACUAUGAUGGAGACAUUUUAUUCUGAUCCCCUCUACCGCGUUCACUUUCAUAAUCCAAGAACUGACACAAACAAGGAUUUAUACAAAGUGUUGCCUGAGACCAAGAAGGCACCAGGCAGUGGAGCAGUAUGUGAACGGAAUGGACAACACCCUAAUGGCAGUGGGGUGCUCCCUGUGGGCCUCCAACCUACUCCUGGGCUCCCCAAGCCUCUCCCCUCUCAGGUGUGGCAACCGAAUCUUGAUUCUUGGCAUCCCCGGGAUCGAUCUUGUGAACUCAGCACUUGUCGUCAGCAGUUGGAAUUAAUCCGUUUACAGAUGGAACAAAUGCAGCUUCAGAAUGGAGCCAUCUGCCACCAUCCUACUGCUUUUGCUCCUUCACUGCCCACCUUAGAACCAGCACAGUGGAUCAGUAUCUUAAACAGUAAUGAACACCUCCUGAAAGAGAAGGAACUUCUCAUUGACAAGCAGAAGAAACACAUUGCUCAGCUAGAACAGAAAGUUCGAGAGAGCGAACUACAAGUCCACAGUGCCCUUUUGGGUCGUCCUGCCCCCUUUGGAGAUAUCUGUUUGCUGAGACUGCAGGAAUUACAACGAGAGAAUACUUUCUUACGUGCACAAUUUGCACAAAAGACAGAAGCCUUGAGCAAAGAAAAGAUUGAACUCGAAAAGAAACUUUCUGCUUCGGAAGUUGAAGUCCAGCUCAUCAGAGAAUCACUGAAAGUAACGUUACAGAAGCAUUCAGAGGAGGGAAAGAAACAGGAAGAAAGGGUCAAGGGGCGUGAUAAACAUAUCAAUAAUUUGAAAAAGAAAUGCCAGAAGGAAUCUGAACAAAACCGAGAGAAGCAGCAGCGUAUUGAAACCUUGGAACGCUACCUGGCUGACCUGCCCACCCUAGAAGACCAUCAAAAGCAGAGCCAGCAGCUUAAGGAUUCUGAGUUGAGGAUUACAGAGCUACAGGAGAGAAUGACUGAGCUGGAGAAUUUGCUAGAGACAACUCAGGCAGCCUGCAAAGAGAAGGAGGUUCAGCUUGAAAGCCUGAGACAAAGAGAAGUAGAAUUUUCUUCUACUACACAUAGCCUGCAAGUUGAGCAACAUGUGGAGGAGACCAACAGAGAAGUUUCAGCUCAAGGAGAAGGCUCCAAAGUGGACAUGGCGUCCUGGCAGAAAGAAUGUGAUUCCCUUCGGAAGAUUGUUGAGAAGCAACAGCAAAAGAUGGAUCAGUUGCGUUCACAAGUACAGAGCCUAGAGCAGGAAGUGGCUCAGGAAGAAGGAACAAGCCAAGCCCUGAAAGAGGAGGCCCAGCGGAGAGAGACAGUCCUGCAACAGCUGCGCACAGCUGUGAAAGAGCUUUCAGUGCAGAACCAGGACUUGAUUGAGAAGAAUCUAACACUGCAGGAACACCUGCGCCAGUCCCAACCAGGAUCUCCAAAUUCAACAGAUAUAGCCCAGCUGACAUUUGAACUACAUCAGGAGCUGGCCAGUUGCCUUCAAGAUCUGCAGGCUGUUUGUAGCAUUGUGACCCAGAGGGCCCAGGGCCAUGACCCCAAUCUCUCUCUGCUUCUGGGCAUUCACUCUACACAGCACCUAGUAACUCAGCUAGACUUACAGAAGCCAGAUGUGAUCAGGAAGAAACUAGAAGAGGUUCAACAGCUGCGCCAUGACAUCGAAGACUUAAGGACCACCAUGUCAGACAGAUAUGCCCAGGACAUGGGAGAAAACUGUGUCACACAGUGAGGAAUGUUAGAGGUGGGGUGGGUGGGCUACUGGUCUGUGAGCCCAGUCCAGCAGGUUCUGCCCCACAAGCUCUUGCCUCCUCGAUUUGCUGCUAUUCUCAAAGGGUAGGAGAAGAGGUAGAAGCUACAUAUGGACAUGAACUAAUUAGGGAAAUCUGCCUUCACUUCCCUCAUUGCCUCAUUGGAUCUUGUUUUCCCUUUCCCUUUUAUACAAAUUCAUUCACUCUUUAAGUGAGUUGUAAAAGGUAAUCAAGGCUGCUCACCUACCUUCUCCAUCCUCUGGUAUGGCUCCACUUUCAUUUCCACUCCUUACCUUGAUCCUACUAGUGCCCCGAAUUAGAGGGACCUGGGAAGACUGCCAGUAAUAAAGUCUGUUUGAGAAUUCUCAGGUUCCAUGUGCCAGCUUAUGGGAACUAAGCUAACCUUCUAGAUUUUCUUAGGCCUAAUAUCACUACUUUCCUCAGGGUGCUUCUCACAGAAGCCUCAGGAGUUAAUUAUUCAUUAACAAAGCACCCCCUUAGAAUUGGGGGCUUGCAGGUUAUAGCCAGGGCUCCUUCAUCUGUGCUCUUGAGUUCUUAAACUCUUCUCUAUUCUGGUUUGGACAAAAUUGUCCAAAUUUCUGAAGAGCAGCUAUGUAGCUGCUCACCCCUUGGUCCUAGGGGGUGAUUUGUGCCUCUCAUGUUUGGUAGGGAAAUGAAAUUGUAACUUUCCUUUUUGGGCUCCUUGAAUGUUCAAAGUUCCCAGGACAUGUUGACUGUAAGAUGCAGCUUUCCGUUUUGGGGUGAUUUUUGUUGUUUUGUUUUUCUCUGGAAAUUUUGGAUCCUGUCUGUUUUCUGGAUUUCUCUUGCUUUCUUAGGGAGUAUGGCAUAGUUAGUAUCUGAUUGUCAUACUGGUUGGGAUCUUCUUUAGAUCUGGAGUAAGACCAAGUAGGAACCUUAUGAAUCUGGAGGAGCAGGGUGAGCAGUUCAUAAGCCAGAAUCUUCCAGAUUUCUUGCAAAGCCUGUGGGCUAUCAGAGCAUUAUCCUGGACCUCACUCUUAGGCUUGAAUGAAAUUCCUUAAGUGUUUAUACAAGUUUGUGUUUUAUUUAUGGAAUGACUUAUCCCUUCCACUCCGAGCAGCUCCACCCAGCCUUUCCCGUAGCCUCCUAGUUAAGAACCUAGUUGGUCUCCACCCUGUGUUGGGAGCCCAGUCACCGUGCUCCCCGGGUAUGUUUCCUCAUAAAGUUUAUAAGCAGUUAUUUAUAUAAAUCCUUGUUAUGUCAACUGGUUUGUAUUGUCUAUUUUGAUUACAAAAUAAAAUAUUUAACAGGC